AUGGGAAAAAUGAUGCAAACGUCCUCGUACGACCAGAGUCAAAUCUUCUGGGCGUUGUGUUACGGCGUCGCGUACUUACUCUUCUCCGCGACGACGGUGAUCUCGAACAAGCACUUGAUCAUGAACACGAAUUUUCACUCGGCGAUAUUCGUGUCGAGUUUAGGUUCGUGGUUCGGAUGGUUCGUUUCCUUAGGGAUGGUGUGGUCGAAGCGGACGACUUUGGUGCAUAAUUUGAGUUUGAAAGAGUGGACGACGUCGGUGUUGCCGAUUGGAUUGGCGACGGCGUUUUCACUCGCGGCGGCGAAUAUGGCGUAUUUUUAUCUCUCGUUAGCGUUUAUACAGGUUCUGAAAGCGUUCGCGCCGGUGAUUACGUUUGGCGUUUUGAUCGCGUUUGGGCUGGAUAGGCACAACGCGAAAAUUUUAGGCGCUUUGUGCGUCAUCGUGUGCGGGUCGUUGAUCGCGUGUUACGGGGAGAUGCAUUUUACCGUCAUGGGAUUGCUGUGCAUGUUUAUCGCAGAGGUGAGCGAGGCGUUGAGGUCGGUUGGGAUACAGUUGUUGUUGGUCAAUCGGAAAAUGGGUUUGAUCGAAGGGAUGUACUAUUUUUGUCCGGCGACGUUGCUCUUUUUGACAAUCUUUACGGCCAUUUUUGAAGGAGAGACGUUGUUUAAUCGAGAACACAUGCAAGUCGUGCACGAUUAUUGGUAUUUGUUUUGCAUUAGCGCCGGGUUGGGUUUUUUGGUGACUUUGAGCGGGUUAGGAGUGGUACAAAACGCCGGGGCGACGUUGUUCAAGGCGAUGUCGCAGAUAAAAAACGCGUGCGUUAUUUUGUUCGCCGUGGUGGUUUACGGAGAGACGUUGACGUGGAUGGAAAUUGGGGGUUACGGGAUCGCCGUCGUUGGAUUUGGGUUGUUCAACGUGGCAAAGAAUAGAGAUAUGGAGGAGGUCAGAAAUGAGAGAGGGAUGCGGGAGGCGACUUUAGGUAAAGAAGGGGAAGGCACGAUGACGACGCCGUUGUUAGGCGAUCCUUCUUCUCAAGGCGGAGGAGGGAUGAAGAAAAAGUCGAGCGGGUCAUUUCUUGGUAAAUUAGGUUCAUUCUCGGGGAGUUUCAGCGGCGGGUCAAACGGAGGCGGCGGCGAGAGCAAGUAG